UGCGCCGUCGCUCAGUCUGUGGGGUGGUUCGUCGUUGUGUGGAAGUCUUUGAAAUUCGGUUGUCACGCUAGUGCGUUUGCGUUAAAGAUUUGUGUGAAAUGUUAAAACAAUAGUGAAAUGACUUUGUGCGCAGUUCAAAAGCACAUUUAAUAAAUUUGUGAAACGAAAUGCCACUAUUUUUAAAUUCACAAUUUUUACAAAGUCAAGCAGCUUAUUGUGGCUGCCAGUGUUCGUUGCUAAAAUAAAAUAGACUGGCGCGUAUGUAUAAAUAUACUUAAGUAUAUCCAGCACGUCCUUGAAGAAAUAAUUUAAACCGCGAUUCCUUACUGCGGGUAUGACAUACAAAUGUCACUCCACGUAUAGUCGCUCUGUGAAACAGUGGAAACCUAACCAAAGAUAGGGCCGGGAGCCCAGUAAAUUAAAAUAGCUAUAAAUUAAGUAUAACUGUAAGAAUUUUAAAGUAAUCCAGUAACUGGUUAAAUAAGAAAUCGACAAAAACAAAGUAUAAAAUGAAUGUGACCACCGUUUCAACCGGCACCAGCACUGGCAGUAUCAACGCUACCCAACAGACGACCAAAACAUACAAAAUCGAAAUGCUGGAUGAUGGUCAACUUAGCAUGGCCUCAGAUGACGACGACGAUGAUUUGAUAAACAGUGAUGAUAGUAUUUACGAUGACGCCGAUCUGGCACAUAUAACGGUGCAAGAUGAUGUGGCCAACCAAUUGGCCGCAGCCGGACCAGUGGGUGUGGCUGCUGCAGCGGCGAUUGCAUCGUCGAAAAAACGAAAACGCGCACACUCGUUCGAGACGAAUCCAUCGGUGCGUAAACGACAACAAAAUCGUUUAUUGCGAAAACUGCGCGGUAUAAUUUAUGAGUUUACCGGGCGUGUGGGCAAACAGGCCGUGGUGCUGGUGGCUACACCCGGUAAGCCAAAUACCAGUUACAAAGUUUUUGGUGCCAAACCGUUGGAGGAUGUGGUGCGAAACCUGAAGAACAUUGUAAUGGAUGAGUUGGAAAAUGCACUCGCACAGCAAGCGCCGCCGCCACCGCAAGACGAUCCCUCACUUUUUGAGCUACCACCCUUGAUUAUUGAUGGCAUACCAACACCAGUUGAGAAAAUGACACAGGCUCAGCUGCGCGCGUUCAUUCCGCUCAUGUUGAAAUACUCGACCGGUCGCGGUAAGCCUGGUUGGGGACGUGAAUCUACUCGACCGCCUUGGUGGCCCAAAGAGCUGCCUUGGGCAAAUGUACGCAUGGACGCGCGCUCCGAAGAUGACAAGCAGAAGGUGAGAAUCAGCUGGACUCAUGCUCUGCGAAAAAUCGUCAUCAAUUGUUACAAAUACCAUGGAAGAGAGGAUUUAUUGCCAACUUUUGCCGACGAUGAAGACAAGAUUGAAAUGCUGGAAGGCGAGGAGGACGAUGAGAUGGAUGAGCACGAACCCACGACAACAUCAACAACUAUACAGACGGUUGCUAAUGCCUCAACAAAUACAACAAACCAAGUGAAUGUCGUAAAGAUCAACAGCGCCGGCACAGUUAUCUCUACGCACACGGCCAACGCUCAAGCACAAGGCAACGCUGUGCCUACGAUUAUCCAAAGCACCAACAACCAACACAUAACAACCACCGCAACGCUUCCAGCCUCGACUAAGAUCGAAAUUUGCACAGCACCGGUACAAACGGCUAGUCAGGCGUCACAGGUACAGCAACAGGCCAAUGCCGCUGCCGCACAGAGUAUUGCAAACGCGCAGGUUUGCAUCGAGCCGCUGACUUUGGGCGAUGUUGAUUAUACCACACAAACGGUGCUAUCGACAAUACAAAAUGCUGACGGCACAGUGUCUCUGAUUCAAGUGGACCCGAAUAACCCUAUAAUCACGUUACCCGAUGGCACAACGGCGCAGGUGCAAGGUGUAGCCACCCUGCAUCAAGGCGAGGGUGGUGCUACUAUACAGACUGUGCAAAGUUUGGGCGAUGUCAAUGGUCAUGAAAAUAUGACUGUGGACUUGACAGAGGCGACUGUAGCUCAAGAUGGUCAAAUUUAUAUAACUGCUGAAGAUGGACAGGGUUAUCCUGUUUCGGUGAGCAACAUGAUAACAGUACCGGUCUCCGCAUCCAUGUACCAGUCCAUGAUGGCCAACAUACAACAGAUCCACACGAACGGUGACGGCACAGUGUGCAUCACACCGAUGCAGGUAGAUUCUCGUCCCAAUAGUAGUAAUAGUAGAAGCAACAGCCACAAUACCAACAACAUUACCAACAAUAGUAGAAACCAUUUUCAAUGUUAUACCUUAACAGCAGCACCAGGUGGGCUGGGCGCCCGACUAAUUGCAACAGCGCCAACUUCAGCCUUGCCUUCGACAGCGAAUGAAAGCCAAACAAAUUUAGCCAAUAAUAAUGCUACGAAUUGCCAAAUAUUUAAUCAGUGUAAUUUAAGUAAUAAUACAUCUAGUCAAAUUAGCCGCGCCGACCACAGCCAGCACCAUCAACAGAGGCAACAACAAUUGCAAGCCAUUCCCAGCGCAGCGAAAAUAUUCAUUAAUACCGCUAGCUUCGCAACCAUAAACAAUAACAACUCAUUAAACACGAAUAACAACAAUAAGUUCGGGAACUUAGCCAAUGCUCCUGCGGUAGUGCCGUUGUCGCUGCCAAUUAUGGUGGCCACCGCCGGAGUGCCUGCGGCCACCAGCAGUGCAAGUUCUAACGGUUCGACCAGCGCUGAAACAGGAGCUGGUGCAAGUGGUGCGAAUGCAACUACCACAAAAACGACGGGCAAAAGGGGUGCACAUAAACGGCGCAAACAAACUAUUGGCAAAGCGCCACCCGUUAAACUGGAGAGGUGUGCAGCCGAAACCCUACUUCAGGGCAAUAUAAGUUUUGUAGACGAUGAUGUGGAUGGCCAGGCUAACGGUUCGCACGUCAAUGAUAAUGUGAUCAAUGAUGAAGACGAUGGUGGUGCUGGUGAUGGUAGAGGCUCAGAGGCAAAUAUAAAUAUGUUAGGAGUAGGCAUGCCAGGGAAAAUUAUUAAAACUGAAAACGUAGAAAACUAAAGGAUCGCGUAGAAAUUCAUAAUACAAAUUAUUAUUAUAUAUUUCUAUACACAUACAUAGGUGCUUAUGUAUGUGUACAUAUCGCGUUGAUUUAAAACUUAGCCAAAGUAAUCCACAAUUUACAAUCUCACAACGGUGUUUUUGUUUCUAGUCAACAUACAUACAUAAUUAACAAAUCGCAAACGCUGAGUAAAAGCACAUUCAAAUAAGUUUAUGUUUGGGGAGUUGUAAACUCCCUCAAUAAUACCCAAUGAUUAAUGGAGGAUGUGUAGUGAACCACCAAGUGCCUUUAAAGAUUUGAACGUAGUGAGAGUUGCGCUUUGGAAAUGAAGCUUUACUUGGAAUCAUAUAAGAAAACUCUAGAAGCGCCUUAAUUCGUUUCUAAUUCGUAAAUGUUUGUGAAACAUACUUGCCAUUGUUGUUAAACUUUAUUUGUUAGUAAUAUUUUUAUUUGCUGCAUAGUUUAAUUCACAUUAAUUAUUUUAUUGUUUGUUUACAAUUAUGCAGUCACUUUGCAUAAUCGAUAUUUUAUCGAUUUUUUUCACGUUUUAGCUUUAUUCUAUUAUUAUGCAAUGUAUACACAAGCAUAUACACAAAAGCAAAAACAUAUGUAUAUUUUAAGAUUUUUUUUUGUACAUUUAUCGUAUGAUUUGUAAUUGAUAACCAAAGUUGAUGUAACGAACCCACAUUGAAAUAAGUAAUUAGAAAUGUUCCUAGCUUAAAUAUGUACUAAUAUUAAUUUUAAAUCACGAAUUGAUCGUCAAUGAGCCCACUUGCUAAUGCGAAACAAAACCAAAUAUAAAAUCUUUAGUUGAUUGUUGUAUUUUACAUACUUAUGUAUAUAUACAUAAAUAUAACAUAUUUUAAUCGUUUUACAGCAUCUCAUAUGUUAGGAAAUAUUAGGCCGAUUAGAUUGGCAACAAUUUCAAAUAGUCAAUGAUGAUAUCGGAGUACAGAUUGUUUUUAAAAUUGUUAUAAAUUACAAAUUUCGAAAUGACGUGCAUAACUGGAAAUUUAAGUCGGGUGUCUUGCGGCAGGGUUGCAAAUAAAGCCUUAAAAAUUAUUAAAUUACCACUUGAAUUAAUUAUUUUUAUAAUCCUGAAGCACAUAAAUAAUCCCAAAAAUCGGUUUAAAAAUCAAAUAACGGAUUGAAAAUAAAAAAAAAAUAAACUCAAGCAUUAAAUUAAAAAUUAAAAAAAAUUGGAUUAAAAAAUCCCAAAAAUCGGAUUAAAAAUUAAAUAUGGGAUUGAAAAGAAAAAAUAGUUCCAAACAUUAAAUAAAAAAUUAAAAAAUAAAUUGUUUCAGAAUUGACAUUUUUCGCGCUUGCGUGCUUUGAGUUCUACCGUUUUUUAAAUUUUUUGAAAAGGAAAGCUUUUUAAUAAAAUGUCAACAUAGUUCAACCCUCUUUCUGUCUUAUUUAUGUUUAAUUUCUUUUAAUUGAAGCGUUUUAGUUAGAAGUAUUAAUUUUGUUUAUUUCUUUUAAUUAAAGGUUUUCAGCCAGAAAUAUUAAUUUCAGUUAGAAAUACGCAAAUCUUUCCAGUUUUAUCCCUUUUCACUGCAGCUUUUAAUUUAAAGAAACAAAAAAUAUUUCUAACUUAAAUUUUUAAAAUAAAAAAUGUGUUCUCAAGUUUUAAUUCAUUAUGUUUGGAAUUAAAAAUUAAAAACUAAAUUUGGGAUUAAAAAAAAUAAAUUUUUAAGCCAAAUUUUUGGGAUUAAAAAUUAAAACUUCAAUUUUUAAUUUUAUUUUUAUUUACCUAAACCAAAUUUUUGAAUAAAACAAAUCGCAACCCUGCUUGUCGCCUAAUUGCAAUGUAAACGGCCUAGAAUAAGUGCAAUUGUAUAUAUUAAUAUUUAUUUUGUUGCCAUCAUGUGCGACUCUAAAUCCGUGUACGAUUCGAGCACACAUAAUGACACAUUUAUUUAGAAUAGCAAAUUUGUUCGACUUUUCAUUUAAUUUACUUAUGUAUGUGUUUUACAUGCGAUUAUUGUUUUUUUUUAGUAAACUUUUGGAUAUACUUGCAAUGUAGCUAUAAAUACCUCCGGUUGAAUAUUUACACAUACACAUAUCUACAUAUUUAUAUUUAGUUCGACUUGUUUGUAAUUAUUGUAACCAUAUUAUAAAUAUUUUUUUGUUUUGAUUUUUGUAAAUAUAUAGUUAAUACCAAUAUAUUUGAUUUGAAAUGUAAA